AUGGAGACUAAGUGCAAGUUCACUUUCAAUUUCAUUCCCGGCUUCUUCGAGGAUUACGUCCAGAUCGCGAAAGAUAGUGCAAACGGGCUGGCGUCUACGCAGCACAAUCUCGGUCUUAUUGACAGAGCGUAUGAGACGGAUUCACACCUUCGCAGCAGCGGUAGCCUGACCCAAUGGGAACGUUUCACGAGGUACAUCGAGCAUCUAAAUCAGCAUAGUCCCGCAGGUGAGUCGUAUAAGUUGAUAUAUGUCAUCCGCCAUGGGACAGGUGUCCAUAAUGUCGUCAUGGAGAGAGUAGGCUCUGAAGCGUGGAAAAGCAAGUGGUCUCAACUUGACGGAGAUGGUACCGAGACUUGGGCAGAUGCACAUCUCGUAGACGCUGGUAUCAAACAAGCCCAGAUUGUCGCCAGCUUGUGGCUUGAUGGAGCGAAGGAAGGAAUGCCUCUACCGGGCACUAUUUACAGCAGUCCUCUGGCUAGGUGCCUAGAGAUGACCAAGCUCGUCUAUACCCCGGUAUUGGCAGAACACCAGAGGCCUUUUCAGCCCGUAGUGAAGGAGCUCCUCAGGGAACGACUGACAGCUCAUACUUGUGACAGAAGAAGUUCAAGAACUUGGAUAAAACAAAAUUACCCUCAGUAUUUACUCAAGGAUUUAGAGGAGACGGAUACAUUGUGGAGUGCGGAUAAGGUCGAGACGGCGGAAGAACACGCAUCCCGGAAGCUACGACUAUUCGAAGACAUUUUUGCGCAAGACACAUCUCUAUUCAUCUCCUUGACCACACAUUCAUACGCCAUUACCGGUGUCCUCGCCGUCAUUGGAGCGGAAAAGUUCCGUGUUACGGAAGGGACUAUGUUUCCUUUAUUUGUAAAGGCCAGCAAGGUUGCGCCAAGUUCAAAUUUCCCACAGUUGUGA